AUGUCUUCUGACGAUGCUUCAUCAACCUCAAACUACAAACAUACCACAUCGAGUUUCGCGGACGUUUUCAAGUCUCUAGGCGUUUCGCGGCCCAAGUCGCUUUCUCCGGUCUCAUUCAAAGACAGCAGUGAUUCCUUGUCGCAGACUUCAGAUGGACGGAGGAGCAAUCUGAUUUCAUUUGGAUUCGACUCAAUGCAUCGUGGCAGCGUCGUUUCGAGCUCCUCGGACACUUCUGGUGCGCCGGAUUUCGAAACGUCACUCAGGAUCAUCACCCAGAAACAGAACCUAGGCCAGGCCAUUGACGAAGCCGAACAGGCCGCAAAAUCACUCCAAUGGCUAUCUCCGGAACAAUCACUUAUGCUGUGGGAGGCCGGCUCCUACCUUAUUCACCAUGUCAGCUCGACGGAGGCUCGACGGAGCGGCUCGAUGUUGAUGGAAGCCGUCGCAUCGCGCCAAGACCUGUCACCAGCAGCGAGACGCACCAUCUUCGAAUCGAUCUCUAGUUCAUCAGAACCUGACGUUAUACCCGCGCGGAUUCAGUCGCUAAUAGCCCUGUCGGACCAUGGCAGAAAGCUAGAGUUCACCAACUCAUCCAUUCUUCCCAUCAUUUCAUCUUGUAUAAUCCCGCUAUAUGAGCUCAUAUCGAGCGUCCGGCUAAAGGCGCGAAAAUCGAGAGUCGGUCGAGCCAAUGGCCUGGGGUAUGAUGACACCGUACUAGACGACUUGCUGCAAUUUGCAGUAGAUCUGAUCACUUUGCAGCGGAGCCCUCCUAGUAGUGAAGAGGUCCAGCGAUUGCUGGAGCAGAUCUUUAUUGUUUGCAAGAAGACAACUGUUGCCGCCGACAUUAAAAACUCGCUGGCUGUUUUCGACUCCAUAAUCCUAUAUGCGGACGUACCAGAUGGAAGCUUUAUCCCUUUGCUGGAGGUAUUGUGCAGUAUCCAUGCCUCCGUCAAAUCUUUGUCGGGACCCACGUCAAGAGCCGUUCGAAAUCUAGCCAAGUCGAAAAAACAGGGUGAAAUGAUGGACACCCUGUACUCGUUCUUGUCCGACUCUUCUGAAGGAGUCUUACGAGGGUCGGUGCACGUUUUCACGGAUCUAAUUCGCGCCCACGGCCAAGACGGAAUCCCACAGCUCGAUUUUGACCGUCUAGUGGGCUCUCUCCAGGCCAUCCUGGAACAACCCAGAGUAAACAAAAAGGAUGAUGGCAGAUUGGAAGCGGACAUUUUGGAGUUGUGCCUGAACGUGCUGGAUGGGGACUUCGCUGACGUAGCCCUGGGGAGUAACUGGGUAGGGUUCGUCAACCUUAUGAGCCUGUGUUCACUUAGAGUUGUUGACGAGGAUGAAUGUUACACCACAACGCCUAGCGCCCCAGUGCCUCAUCCGCGGGGCAGCGUUAUCGAGGACGCCAGGCCGAGCAUCUUGGCUAGCAUCAUCCAAAUUGCCUCCGCCCUCGAGUCUCUCUGGGAGCGUAUCAACAGACUGCAGAAAUUAGAGAUCACUCGCUUCCUGAUGAAUAUCUGUCAGCAGAUCGAGCCUCCCCAGGCUGAACUCGUUCUCAGUACAGUAAGGACCGAGAGGCUUUGCUUCCCCGGCAACCCAGAUUGGGUACAGCAUUGUCAAAGAUUGAUCCGCUGUUUCAUCCGAUCCCGUACUAAGCCAUCCGAUAUCCGCAUAUUAGCUCUGGAAACAGUGAAGGACGCCUUCUCGAACUAUGAAUCCUUAGUUCAGUUUAUGGAACAAGGGCUCCUAGAUCUCAUGUUUGAGAGUUUCGCUUACGAGGACGACAUCAUGUUUCUGGAGACAUUGGUCUCAUUUGCUGUGGAUACCUCCAUUCUUGUUCGGGAUGAUUCUACCUUCAAAUUCUUGGUGGACACCAUCAGUUCGCCCAUGAAUAAGGAUUUAGGUAAAGAUGGGCUGCUCCAAGGGACAGAACCCUCAUUACCACCUCCGCGCCCCUCACUAGGCAGUGUCUUGGAGCUAUCAUUAGCCAAUGUCUGUUCUGUUGGUUUGGUGAGGAUGUUUCUGCGAUGUUUGAACCUUUCCGCGACCAAAGCAGUUGUGGUCUUUGACGCACUCCAGGAGAUUUCCAAAUCUCCAGAGCGGCCGGUGGAUUCGCGAUUGACUGUUCUCAAAGUGCUCUUCAGACUUCGUUGUGACUCCUCAGGAUCCAUCUCGGUCAUAUCUACUUCAGAAAAUGAUUUCAUCAUGGGAAUGUCCGGUCGCAAUACAGAUGUCGGCGCCAAAUCGCAUACUUUCGAGGAUCAAAGCACAGAGCACAGUCCUGGUAAUGACCAGUCGCGCCCGCCAGCCCAAGGCAGACUUUCAAUCCAUGACCCAGUCAGUCUCUCUUCUCGCUCGACUGCUCGCAAUGCAUCGGUUAGCAUGCGUACGUCCAAGUUGACGCCGCCGGUUUGGACUUAUGCCUCGUCCCAAGUCCUCCCUGAAGAGCCUCCGGAUGAGUCGAGUCCCUUUGUUUAUGCAUAUGCAACACCAGACACGUCAAGCCCCGUUGAGGCAGAGCCCACCGAAAAGAUUGCGUUGAAAGCAAACAUUUGGCUCGAGGCCGUCAUACAGAUGCUCCAGACUGAGAGUAAUUGGGAUAUCUACAGCUAUGUUCUUACUCACCUUGGGCCUCAACUUCGCAACCGAGACUUUUUCACAAAUGCAAUCCCACCCAUUAAACUUCUCCGCAGCAUUUUGUGUGAUCAGGUUAAAAAUGACAAAUUUCGAGAGCCGCCUCCAUCGACUGGCGUAAAAAAGACGGAUGUGGCAGGGUAUAUAUUCGAAUCCCUUUGCGCACUUAUCAGUUACCAUGAAUUCUUCGCCAAAAGUGAAGAAGACGAACUCGUUCGCGCAUUCAUGCUGGGAAUCAUCGGGUCUUGGGGAGGCACAUCUCGGGGCUGUAUCCACGCGCUCUCUGUCUGUUGUCAUGAAAUCCCACUUUCUGUGACGAAAUCAUUGAAUGGAAUACUUGACAAAAUGUCCAAAGUGAUCACCAUGUCCAAUCUUGCGGUUCAUAUCCUCGAGUUUCUAGCGCUGCUUGCGCGGCUUCCCGAUGUCUACAUCAAUUUGCGGGAAGAAGAGAUUCGCACCGUGUUUGGCGUUUGUAUUCGCUUUUUGCAGACUUCAAGAGAGCAGCGGUUUAAAUCCUCCGAAUCGCCCACUCGAACUACCACGCAAGUAUCUGCAAGACUUGGAAGUGGAAUGCGCGAAACCGCAGCUCUUCCUGCUGAGGUUCCCGAUCCUUCCCUGCAAGACGGAAUGUCAAGAUAUAUCUAUACCCUCACGCAUCACGUCAUGGUCUUCUGGUUCCUGUCAUUGAAAUUGCAGGAUCGAGCCAAGAAUGUCAAUUGGAUAACCAGUCGACUCAUUUUCAAGGACGAACAUGGCAAAGAGAUGGUAGAAGAACAAAGCCAGGUCUUCCUUGACCUGAUGCAGCGGGUCGCGUUCACGGACCUGGGCGAAACCAUUCCAUACUCAACAUUUCCCCCAUCCCCAACAGAUGGGCCCGUUAUCAAAAAGUCGUGGGUGGUUGGAAUGAGUAUCAUCACCGUGGAGACCGCUGGCGUUUCGGGCUUGACCCAAAUCACCAAGAGGCAGGCAUCCGGUACAACCUAUGCGAUGUACCAGCAGCGGACCGCGCCUGUCCUCCCUCAUCAAGUCCCUCCGACAGCCGAAGCCCACAUUCAUUCUGACGAUAUGCGCACUGCCAUUCUUCCCAGCCAUGUGAUGCUCCAAAUGACCACUACAGCCUUCCCUACACCCACCUCUAUGCAGCCCAUCCCACUUCUCGAGGACGAGAUUACCCGCCGUGCCCUCAGUACAUUCGACCGGAAUGACAUUGUGGAUGGGCAUAAAAUCGGGGUCCUGUACAUAGGCAAUGGCCAGACAGUAGAAGCCGAAAUUCUUUCAAACACAAGCGGCAGUCCGGACUACGAGCAUUUCUUGUCGGGACUCGGGACAAAGGUUCCCCUCAAAGGAGCACAGUUCAAUACCCAGGGAUUGCACUCCGACAUAGAUGGCGAGUUCACGUAUGCCUGGCGGGAUCGGGUGACAGAAAUCGUUUAUCAUGUGGCGACCAUGAUGCCGACCAGUUUUGACAACGACCCCUCGUGCGUCAAUAAGAAACGUCACAUUGGAAAUGACUUUGUCAACAUUAUUUUCAACCGGUCUAAUCUUCCGUUCAAUUUUGACACGAUCCCAUCACAGUUUAACUUUGUCAACAUCGUUAUCAGCCCUGUGUGUCGAAUCGCCAAUGAUUCCAAGGUUGCCAAUUUGGGAACUGCUUAUUUUGACAAUCUCUUUUAUUAUGUGCAAGUCAUAAGCAAGCCAGGGUUCCCUGAAAUAUCACCCGCGGCCGUGCCCAAGGUCAUCUCCGGGAAAAAUCUCGCUGCAUUUGUCCGUUUCCUUGCCCUGAAUGCUUCCGUCUUCUCACUUGUGUGGAAUAGCCAGGAAGGCGAGCACGUCUCAUCUUGGCGAAACCGGCUGCGUGAAAUCAAAAGACUACGUGAGCGCGCACUGGGAUCCCAAUCUCAGAACCCAGACGGCGCAGAAGGCGCUUAUCCCAGCCAACGUCGGAAUACAAAGGCCAACAUUUACUCUGAGGAACUACCUUCCCGCAACCCCUCGACAAGAGCGGAUUUUGCUACCGACUGGAACGCGUCCGCCGAUGCUAAUAUACUUCAAAAUCUAGACUUCUCUCGCUGGGGCCGUUGA